GAGCACAGAGGCCCUGACAGGAGACAUCUAACUCCACACCUGGUUGGAACAGAAGCAUUGACUGUGACUGAGCCCAGAGAAGAAGAAAGCUGAGGGGUGAGGGACAGAGUUACCUGUUGCCUCAUUACUCAAAAGCCAUCCCAAGCCACCGGAGGGAGAGACUUUUUUUUUUUUUUUUUUUUUUUUUUUUGCUGAGUCUGUCUAGGCUACCAGUUCCUCACAGCUCAGCAGAGCUAGAAGAAAGUCAAUCAACACCGAGGACGUUUCCCUGGAACCACAUGGCUCCUCCGGGAGACCGCUGGGCCUGAGGAGGCCUUGGUGGAGAGGGGUCCAGAGGUGAACAAUGAAAAAGAGGAAGCUGAGGCUUCAACCAGCCUGAGGUGGACAUCGCUCUCUGAGGUCUGGGGCUGGCUGUGACUCUGUGGGAGAAGCCUGGGCUACUUCUGCUGGGGAAAUCUGGUGCGGAACACUGAGGGGUCCCAGCUCACCUGGGCUGGCGGCUGUGCAGAUGCUGGAUGACAGAACCAGGAUGGAGGCCACCAAGAAGGAAAAGGUAGAGCAGAUCCUGGCAGAGUUUCAGCUGCAGGAGGAGGACCUGAAGAAGGUGAUGAGCCGGAUGCAGAAGGAGAUGGACCGUGGCCUGAGGCUGGAGACCCAUGAGGAGGCCAGUGUAAAGAUGUUGCCCACCUACGUGCGUUCCACCCCAGAAGGCUCAGAAGUUGGAGACUUUCUCUCCUUAGACCUGGGAGGAACCAACUUCAGGGUGAUGCUGGUGAAGGUGGGGGAGGGGGAGGCAGGGCAGUGGAGCGUGAAGACGAAACACCAGAUGUACUCCAUUCCUGAAGACGCCAUGACGGGCACUGCUGAGAUGCUCUUCGACUACAUCUCUGAGUGCAUCUCUGACUUCCUGGACAAGCAUCAGAUGAAGCACAAGAAACUACCCCUGGGCUUUACCUUCUCCUUCCCUGUAAGGCACGAAGACAUAGACAAGGGCAUCCUGCUCAAUUGGACCAAGGGCUUCAAGGCCUCCGGAGCAGAAGGGAACAACGUGGUGGGACUUCUCCGAGAUGCUAUCAAGAGGAGAGGGGACUUUGAGAUGGAUGUAGUGGCAAUGGUGAAUGACACGGUGGCCACAAUGAUCUCCUGCUACUAUGAAGACCGCCAAUGUGAGGUCGGCAUGAUUGUGGGCACUGGCUGCAAUGCCUGCUACAUGGAGGAGAUGCAGAAUGUGGAGCUGGUGGAAGGCGAUGAAGGGCGAAUGUGUGUCAACACUGAGUGGGGCGCCUUCGGAGACUCCGGAGAGCUGGAUGAGUUCCUGCUAGAGUACGACCGGAUGGUGGAUGAAAGCUCAGCGAACCCCGGUCAGCAGCUGUACGAAAAGAUCAUUGGUGGAAAGUACAUGGGCGAGCUGGUACGACUUGUGCUGCUCAAGCUGGUGGACGAGAAUCUUUUGUUCCACGGAGAGGCCUCGGAGCAGCUGCGCACGCGUGGUGCUUUUGAGACCCGUUUUGUGUCACAGGUGGAAAGCGACUCUGGGGACCGAAAGCAGAUCCAUAACAUCCUGAGCACUCUGGGGCUUCGACCCUCUGUCACCGACUGCGACAUUGUGCGCCGUGCCUGUGAAAGCGUGUCCACUCGCGCCGCCCACAUGUGCUCAGCAGGACUAGCGGGGGUCAUAAAUCGCAUGCGCGAAAGCCGCAGCGAGGACGUGAUGCGCAUCACGGUGGGAGUGGAUGGCUCCGUGUACAAGUUGCACCCGAGCUUCAAGGAGCGGUUUCAUGCCAGUGUGCGCAGGCUGACACCCAACUGCGAAAUCACCUUCAUCGAAUCAGAGGAGGGCAGCGGCAGGGGAGCUGCACUGGUCUCUGCGGUGGCCUGCAAGAAGGCUUGCAUGCUGGGCCAGUGAAAUCCAGGCCACAAGGACAGGGACCUGGGUUCCACGGGGACUCCACACCCCACAAGUGCUCCCAGCCCACCAGGGCAGGAGACCUAUUCCGCUGCUACCCCUGGAAAAUGGGGAGAGGCCCCUGCAAGUCAGCCAGUGGGACAGCCCUGGGCUCUCAGCCUGGGGCAGGGGGCUGGAAGGAAGGAGAGGAUCAGAGGCACCAAAGCCUUUCUUUGCUAGAAUCAAUCAACUACAGAGAAAGGCGGAGCACACUCAGGACUUGCACUCUCACGAUCCUUGCCUCCCACAGCUGUGGGUCUGGCUUCCCAAGGGAGUGCCUCCUGGACCUUGCCAUGGCCUGGCUUCCCUAGGAACACAUCUCCGUGGGGAGGUGGCUUUAGCAGCUUGGCCAGACCAGACCUAGGCACUCCAGAAGAGUAAGAGCUGCUGGUCACCCAGACCUGGCUGUUUUCAGACCUGUGGCUGAAGAGGUUGGGGAGCCAUGGGAGACUGACUAUCCAGCUACAUGGAGGGGACUUUCCAGGCCACAGAGCAUGCCAGAGACUGUUUCCUUCAUAUACCUCCACCUCCAAGUGGCUUACAGUUCUGGGAUGAGCCCUCCCAGGAGAUGCCAGAGGACAGAGCCCCAGAGCCCUUGCUCUAUGGGGACCUGAAAGGAGAGGCCUCACUCUGAACUAUUAGGCGCUCCACCCUCCUUCAACACUCACAUCUGUAACCCAGGAGGAAAACGCAAGCCACCCUCAGUAUCUCUCCGGGAGACCACCCAGGUCCCUUUCUCCCUCAUCCCUGUCAGGUUUCCCAGAUGCUACGCAGCCCUCUCUACACCAGCCUGGGGCUAUGGGGGAGUUUUUAAUUAAAUAUUUAAAACUACGUAA